ACACGUGGUUGGGUUUAUCACUGGAGCUGUUCUUGACUUUAAUCACUUUAGAACUGAAAAUAAUGGGUUAGAAAAGAGCGCAGAAACUUGGAGUUGACUUGAUCUUUAAAGAAUGUGUUUGUGAAGCGCGGACACCUUUUGGAUGGACAUGGGCAUGCAGAGGCUUCUAACCCGGGGCCCACUGCUGCUGCUGCGUGUGGUGAUAGCGCUCAGUGCGUUGGGGUUGUGCGUGCACGUUUACCUAGAGAUGAACUGGAGGGAUCCCACUGUAACGAAGGAGGAAAGCACCACUCAGUCCAACAGAAGCAGAACCAAAGACGAGUCUGCAGAGGCCACAGAGGACAGGAGUGUGAAGAGGAGAAUAUCCUACGUGAGGACGCUUAAGAAGGAGGCUAAAACUACAGAUGUGCACUCAGCUUUCCUCCAUCGUAGAAAGUCUCCUCGGUGGCACAUCGAGAUGGAGCCCUGGGCCAGUGAGAAGCAUUCUCUGGAGGAUGAAGCCAGGAGGUUCCUUAAGUACAUCACGACACCUCAAGUGCCCUGUCUCUCGGAGGGAGCUGAUGGUGCGAUGCUUAGGGAUGCCAAAGGAGCCUGGGCAGUGUGCUUGGACCCACAGUACAGCCUCACCCACAGCAUCAAGGGAAAACACUGCAGGGUCUACUCUUUUGGUCUAGGUGCAGACGACUGGUCCCUGGAACAGUCCCUGGUCAGAUCUGGAUGUGAUGUCCACUGUUUCGACCCGAGUUUAAAACAGUCCCACCUACAGAAAGCUCAAAUGUGGCUCCACCGAUUAUCAGUGGACUGGAGGGACCCCAACCCAGCGUUAGUAGCCCAGCACCAGCACGCCAACACCAAGAAGCUUGCCACCAUCCUCAACGACUUUGGCCAUAGACAAGUGGAUGUGCUCAAGGCUGACAUGGAGAGUGCAGAGUGGAAAAUCUUGGAGAACUUGAUCCUGGAAGGAGUGCUUGCCUCGGUGGGACAGCUGCUUCUGGAGGUCCACCUGCACUGGGCCGGCUUCGAGGUCCCGGGAGACGAGCCCUCUGUUGUGCGCUAUUGGUUCAGCCUCCUCAAAGAACUCGAACGUGCCAACUUCCGCCUCUUCCACGUGCACUGCGACCCCACAAAACCUCGAGUAUUUCUACACCAGAAUGUCUUUAACGCAAGCAGUGCCUAUACGUUAAGCUGGGUGAACACACAGUGGCCGUGA